AUAUCCAACAAAUAGCUCGCAACAAAAUGUGGUCUUCUACCACAGUGAAUACGUUCUUCGCCCUUUUGGCGAUAAUCUCCUUGACACUCGGCUCGGCGCUUCGCAUGUACGGUGAACCCUAUGAAGGAUUGCGCCAUCGUAAUACCCAGCCUGACGCUGGGGAUACAGCGAUUAAUAACCGAGUCUCAGGCGCAUCAUCGCGCAUUGUUGGCGGCGAGGAAGCUGCGCAAGCCGCUGCACCCUGGCAAGUUUCUUUACAGAACAUCUAUGGCAGUCACUUUUGCGGUGGUGCGAUCAUUCAUGAUCAAUUUGUGUUGACAGCGGCAAGUUGUGUAAGUGGACUGCAUAAGAAUUUAGUAAAAGUGAUCACCAGCACCAAUGAUUGGAUGGGUUUGGCAUAUAUGUACGAUGUGGAAGAGAUCAUUGUGCAUUGCAAUUUUGACAAACCUUUAUAUCACAACGACAUCGCUCUACUCAAGUUGGCCACAUUAAUCGCUUACGAUGAUGAGACAAAGAACAUCACAAUAGCCUAUGAGGAUGAACUGGAGGAAGGUGAUACUCUAACGAUGUAUGGUUGGGGUAAAACAGUGGAGGGCGCAACAAAUCUUCCAAGGAAUCUGAUGCAGCUCGAAGUGAAGUAUAUGCCUUAUGAGAAGUGUCGCACUGCGUACGGUGGUUCGGACGAUGUGGAUAUGGGGCACCUGUGCACCAGCUCGCCUGUGGGUGAGGGUGCUUGUCAUGGCGACACUGGCGGUCCGCUGGUCGAUGGCAAUGGCACACUUGUUGGUGUGGGUAAUUGGGGUAUACCAUGUGGGCGUGGUUUUCCAGAUGUAUUUGCUAAGAUCCAGUAUCACGCGGAUUGGAUACGUACAACUAUAAAUGGUUGUAACCCAACUUAGUAAAUAAAUGCCUAAAUUUAUAAAUUA